GAUUUCUAGUUUGGCAACAUUGUGAUUACCAGUAUCAUAAAAAGUGCCUAUCGGUUUUAGUUGACACGAGUAAAUAUGUUUAAUAUGAAUAAUUUUUCAAAUAAUUACUUUAUUUCAAAAUAAAUACCUUUAUUAAACAAUACAUAUUCUAAUCUUUGUAUUAGUGCCCUUUAGGAAGAAGUUUCUUACAUUGUAAAUUUGUGUGGUAGUUAGGUUAGAAUCUUAAUAUAGAUCGUCCAAUUCUCUCCCGAAUCCCAGAAAUUUAGUUGCAUUAGUUUUUUUUAGUGUAUUUUUUUAACAUAAACAUGUAUCUACCAGGCUACAUUACGUUUUUAAAGCAAUUUUGCCAAAUUUAGGGAAUUUAUUUAAAUUUAUUCAAUAUUUUUUCGCUGAUGAUACAUUUCUGUGAGUGCAAUCUCGACUCCGUUGAUCAAACUUGAGAAAAUAAUCUGUUAAUAUAUAUUAUUACAUAUUUAAUUCCUACAAAGCAUUAGUAGUGGAAUGGGAGAAAGGGAUUGGAGACCUUUUGUCUACGGAGGCUUUGCAUCUUGUGUUGCAGAAUUUGGAACUUUUCCAAUUGAUACAACCAAAACCAGAUUACAAAUCCAGGGUCAGAAGCUGGAUAAAAACCAUGCUCAUUUAAAAUACAGGGGAAUGAUAGAUUGUAUGUUGAAAAUAGCAAGACAAGAAGGAUUUGUUUCAUUAUAUUCUGGCAUAUGGCCAGCAGUAUUGCGGCAAGCGACUUACGGAACCAUUAAAUUUGGAACCUAUUAUACACUUAAAAAAAUUUUUAUAAAUUAUAACGACGGAAAGGAAAGUGUAACUUUAAAUGUAGUUUGCGGAGUGGUUGCUGGUGCAGUUUCUAGUGCUAUUGCGAAUCCUACAGAUGUUCUCAAAGUUCGUAUGCAAGUUGCUGGAACGAAUAACAAUUCUAAUGUGGGAUUAAUUGAUUGUUUUAGAGAUGUCUAUACUCACGAAGGAAUCUCAGGAUUGUGGAGGGGUGUUAAUCCAACUGCUCAAAGGGCAGCGGUUAUAGCAGCGAUUGAAUUACCAGUAUAUGAUUUUUGCAAAAGUCAUCUGUUAAAUUUGCUUGGAGAUAGAGCAGUUAACCAUUUUAUAUCUAGUCUUAUUGCUAGUUUUGGUAGUGCGGUAGGUUCAACUCCAAUAGACGUUGUUCGAACUCGUCUGAUGAAUCAAAGAAAAUUAAAACAAAUCGGAGGACAAUUACCUAGUCACAUAUAUCAAGGGACUAUCGACUGUUUCAUACAAACAUACAAAAACGAAGGAUUUUGGGCAUUUUAUAAAGGAUUCGUUCCCACUUUAUUUCGUAUGGGUCCUUGGAACAUAAUAUUCUUUUUAACUUAUGAACAGCUGAAACGGCUAUAUUAAGUAUUAUUAUAAUUUAAUCUUUUGCAACGUAAGGCAUUUUACUGUCUGUAGAAUUGUGAUCUUAUAUAUAGUGCACCUAUUUAAAUAUAUGUUAUUAAUUCAUAUAAUUAAUAUGGCACAUGUUAUACAAGUGAAUAUAUUUAAAUUAUU